GAGCGGGCAGGAGGAGGAAGGCCGUCUGCAGUUUCCCCUCCAGUGAAAAGUGGCCGUGGCGUGGUCUCUGUGGUCAACGUUUUCUCCCUCACUGCAGACCCCUCCCAGGCCACAGCUGGAGUGGGCGGAGGUCGGGGUGAGGAGGGACGGCAGCAAGCAGGUGCCUGUGAGUGAGGGGUGGGUAGGGGCCAGAGGCGUGGGGUGAGGCUGCCAUGAGACACACGCUCCUGACUGACUCAAGGCCUGGCUCAGUUCGCCUUUCCAGCUCGAAGUGUUCCAGGCUACGGGCAGGUGUGUCUAGUGGGUCCUCCCCAAGGGAGAGCCAGGCUCAGCACAUCUCCUUGGCCACUCUGAGGCCUCCAUCCAUGCAGAAGGAAGAGGGAAAGAAAGAAUGAAAGUGGAAGAGGAAGGAGACAGGGAGAGAGGUGGUGCGGGGGGACUGGGGACAGAGGGCGCGUCCCAGGAGGAGCCUCUCGUGCCCUCCAGUGACAGCAUCUGGAUGCCUGCCGUGGACCCCUCCAGCACCGGGCACUGACCCACACUCCCUUCAUCCCAGCCUCAGCUCUAAGAAGAUGAGGGGCUCAUCCCUACGCCACAGCUGAGAACACUGAGCUCAGGGAAAACACUCGGCUGGUCCCUGGCAAAACUUCUGGAUCCAUGGUUCUUCUUCCCCUCAGCCUCCUCACAGCCCAGCGCCUCCCCACCAGCUCUGGUUCCAACAAUAACACUGGCCCCUCAAACUUCCAACCCAAGGAACAGUUUCUGCCAAGAAAAUGUGCCUUAGGAGCUGAGACUACCAGUGGAGCAGAAUUCCAGCGAUUCUCCAGGGGCUGCCUGUCACGAGGGCACUCAAGCUGCCUGCGGAGAGGCCCAUACAGGGAGCAUCUCAGGUCCCAUCAACAGCUGGCACCAACUUGCCAACCAUCUGGGAAGAAGACCCUCCAGCCCCAGUCAAGCUUGCAAAUGGCUGUGGCUCUGGCUGAUGUCUCAACUGCAAACCUCUUGAAAGACUCCAAGCCAGAACAUUCCUGAAUUUCUGACCCCCCAAGACUGCGAGAUAUAUUAAAUGUAUAUUGUUAUUUUAAAUUUCUACGUUUUGAUUUGUUAUAGAGCAAUAGAUAACUAGCAUAUAUCCUGUUGCCUUCCAAAACGGUUUUGAAACUGUAUAUAGGUAAAGUCAUAGCUCUAACUAAAUGAAAAGCUAUUAGAACAGGAUUUAAAAGGACACAGAGAAAUAAUAAAUAGGGUAGGUAUAGGGAGGAGUCUGGCUGUACUAGAAAACCUGGCUAAGGACAAAACAUGGCUCUAGGCUCCUUGCAAGCCAGGGCAAAAGUGGAAACUUGAUAGGUCACAUUAAAACUUUUUGUGGUGGUGGUGGUGACUCCGAAUGCGGAUGUGCAUUUGACAUGCGGACCUUUAGGUAGACAGCAUCACACUGUCUGGUGGAUGGUGCCGUGCAGACGCUCCACCUACUGUAGAUCAGACCCUGCGUGUUUGAAAUGGUGAAUACAGUAGUGCAUACGGUUCACGUAUAACCAUGCACAUUCUGACAGUUUUCAGGAACUCCUGGCAUCAUAAAAACAGAAAAAAUAUAUUAAUACAUACAUACAUAUUCAAAAGAUAUAACUUUUAACAUAGGUACUAGUUUUUGUUUGUUUGUUUUUUGUUUU